UCAUGAAAGGAUAAUAUUGUUCUUAUAGAGAAUCUUUUAAAAAAUAUGAUAUAUUUUUAAUGUAAGAUAUGAAAUUUCUAUCGAUGGAAUUAUUUCUAUGAUUGAAUUCGCUGUUCAUAAAUAAUAGAAAAUAUAUAUAUUUUUUCUCAUUAAGCAUAAAUAUCUAUAAGCCUUUAUAAUAAAUGUAGCCUAUACAUUUUUAAAUAAUUCAUCUUUUUCGGUAGUUUUGACAUGGCAUACCUUCCAAAACUUUUUUCCAAAAUUUCCAGCAAUAACCAACUUUUUCCUGCUUCGGCAUUGAAACAACGAUUUUUUUCUCACCAACAAUUGAAUUUUUCGACUAAAAUUAGUACCGAAGAAGCAUUCUCUAAGUAUGAAGGUGUAGUGGGAUUGGAAGUUCAUGCUCAAAUCAACUCUAAAUCAAAAUUAUUUUCAACUUCACCUGUGGAAUUUGGUGCUCCUACAAAUACUAAAGUGUCAUAUUUUGAUGCAGCAUUUCCAGGCACUUUACCAGUCCUUAACAAAUCUUGUGUAGAGGCUGGAAUACUGACUGCAUUAGCAUGUAACUGUACAAUAAAUAAAAUAUCAACAUUUGACAGAAAACAUUAUUUUUACCCUGAUCUACCAGCUGGAUAUCAGAUAACACAGCAGUUUAAACCUCUUGCCAAGAAUGGUCAUGUUAAGUUUGUUGUGCAUGGAAAAGAAAAUGAUUCUACUUCUUAUGAAUGUACUGCAUAUAUAAAACAAAUACAACUUGAACAAGAUAGUGGGAGAAGUUUCCAUGUUAAAGGGGCAAAAAGUCUUGUUGACCUUAAUAGAGCAGGCAUAGGACUGAUGGAGAUUGUUUUUGAACCUGAUCUAAAAAAUGGUUCAGAGGCUGCUGCUUUAGUUAAAGAACUUAUCUGUAUCCUUAAACAAAUUGGGACUUGUACCUGUCAAAUGGAAGAGGGCACAUUAAGAGUGGAUGCAAAUAUUUCUGUAAAUAAAAUUGGGGACCCUCUAGGUGUCAGGACUGAAGUAAAAAAUAUUAAUAGCCUUCGUUACAUUGCCAGAGCAAUAGAUUAUGAGAUAGAACGGCAAAUACAAAUAAUAGAAAGUGGUGGCUGUGUUGUAAAUGAAACUAGAGCUUAUGAUUAUGCUUCAAAAAAAACAAUUUUUAUGCGAGAUAAAGAGAUUCUACAAGAUUAUCGUUUUAUGCCUGAACCAAAUCUCCCACCUAUCCGAAUCUGUGAUGAAAACGAUGAUCAUGAAAUUUGUGAUAACCUUCCAAAUAUUGAUGAGAUCCGAAAAAGGAUGCCUGUCCUUCCAGAAACUGAAAGAUCUCUCUUAUUAGAAAAGUACAAAUUGCCUUUAAGCAUAGCGGACAGGAUAGUGCAUUCUGAAGGUUUGAAAGAAGUUUUUGAAGUAAUGGCAUCAAGAAUAGAUGAUAAAAUAGCAAUAUGUAAAUUUCUUUUUUAUACUCUGAAAAGCCAACUUAAUAUUAAGAAAACAUCUUUUAAAGAGAGUUACCUAACUGCAGACCAAGUGACAGACUUAUUGGAACUUCUUUUGUCAAAAAAAAUUAGUGAUGCAACAACUAGUGAUGUCUUACAAAUGUUAUUAAAUGGAGAUCAAAGAUCUGCUUUAGAAAUUGUUGAAAAAUACAAUUGGUUUCUGAUAUCUGAUCAAAAAGAACUGGAAAAAUUAUGCUCUGAAAUAAUAAACACACACCCAAAAGUAGCAAAAAAAUAUGGAAAUACUGGAAAACAAAGACAUAUGACAUCUUUAUUAGUAGCUUUAAAUGAAAAAGUGAACAAUAGAGCAUCUAUUAAAGAUGCUGAAGCUGUGUUUAAAAAAAUAAUUAGUGAGAAAUUUCAAAUAAAGAAAAGUUAAUAUGUAAUUUCUUUUUGUAAAUUAUUUCAAAAUUUUUAUUCAUAAUUGUGUAUACGUUUUCGUUCAUGAAACUAAUUUAAACAAAAAUAGUUUGUUCCUAUUUUCAUUAUUGUAAUUCAUUUCUGUUUGGUGAAGUUCAUUCACUCAUUUUUACAGCUGUGUUAGGUUUAGAAAAUUGUAAAGAUUCAAGAUAAUGAUGAUGAAGUAGACACACAAUAUGUAUCUACAUUUGAAAUUAUGUAUAAUUUUAAAGAUUUCCUGUUAUUUUUCGAAAAAUGUAUUGCAAUAUGUAUAUAGAUAUAUACAAACUGCAUAUAGAUUUAUUUUUUGAGUGCCUAAAAAAAAUCUUUGCCUUUUAACAAAUUGGCUAAAAAAGUACUAAACAAAAGUAAAUGAUUUAUUUUGGUACUCAAAAACAAAAGUUUGUCAAAAUUUUUGAAGAAAAUACUUUAAAAAAAGUCAAUGAAUUUGUCAUGAUUUCAGUUCAGGAUACAAUAUAAAUAAAUUAUUAAAUUUAAAUUUGUAUUGUAUGUGAAACUCCAAUAUCUUACCUACAUAUAAUGAAAAUCAACCAUCAAAACCAAACAUGAUUAAGUCAAAUCAUUAUGGCCAUCAAGUUAUCAAUUCUGGAAUGCUUCAUAGAACCUAGUUGUAAAUCUCUUAUUUCUUUGAUAAGUUACUUGUGACAAAUGUAGGCAAAUUGAAUGUUCUAAACAUCUUCAAAAUGAAUUUUGUCUUUAUUGAAUAUAAAAAAACCCAUGAAUAUAUGUCUUUGCUUUUUAUUUAUAAUAAAAUAACUAUAGAAACUUU